AUGUCCGUCCCUGCGUGCGGUCUGCGCACGCCUGCGUACGCCCGCUUUGUUGCCUGUUGCGAGAUGGCCCUCAUCAUCACGCGUGCCGGGGAGUCCUCACCGCAGCUCCCACAGGCACCGCUGCUACUGCUGUUGCUGCUAUCAACCCUGUUGGCUGAGCCCCCUCGCGACAUGUCAACGCCCACGCCCACGCCCACCCACAAGCGUCUUAUCUUGACCAGCCCUACGCACUGGUCCAUGUCCUUCCGCAGCCGCAUCAGCACCUUAUACGGCACUGUCGCGUCCAUUGAACCCCCGUCCAAGAGCUGCUGCUACCACGACACCAUACAGGACCGAUUUACGGGGGUCGGGACCGGAGACCAGCGCGAGCCGCGACGGUCGCACUUUGGGGCCACAUGCUGCUGCCUUGCAUCGCCAUAG